GAUAUUACAAGGAAUACUCCUUGUAAUGUUGGUAACCAAGCUUGUAUAGGAAAAGAUUUUGCUCAAUGUGCCCAAAAAGAUAAAUGGUCAAUUAUACCGUGUAGUAAUAAUUUAGUAUGUGUUGUGCUUCCUCUUGUACAAAAAAGAGGUAUUUCUAUUACAUGUGAUACAAUAGAUGAUCAAAAUUCAAGAAUUCGGAAUUUUCUUAAGGCAGCAGAAGGUUGUUAA